UCUUUGUGCGCCUGCGCGCUCGUACACCUCUCCCCGCGGAGCUGGGCUGAGUCAGUCAGUCUGUCGGAGUCGGUCUUCGGAGCACCCUGCGCCGGGUACUUCGGGGAGCCAGCUGCCGGAUUAUUCUGUGUGCCCUCCCGCUCUCCUGCCCCACGUCUCGCUUCACCCCUCUCCCGCCCUUGCUCGUACAGCCAUGGCGGAGUCGUCGGCGGCCACUCAGUCCCCGUCAAUCUCCUCGUCGUCCUCCGGGGCCGAGCCGUCCGCGCUCGGCAGCGGCGGGAGCCCCGGAGCCUGCCCCGCCCUGGGGGCGAAGAGCUGCGGCUCCUCGUGUGCAGAUUCCUUUGUUUCUUCCUCUUCCUCUCAGCCUGUAUCUAUAUUUUCGACCUCACAAGCUGGCGGGUCUUGCAGCCACCCUUCCAUUCCAGACAGUUUCCCAGAGCAGCCUGCUUUUCUCUCAAAGGAAACUGGUCCAGCAGAAGAGUGGACAGUUGAAGACCAAGAACCCAAGAACCAGAACAAGGUUCCCAGUGGAGAGGACAGGAGUGCACUGGCUCUUGGGCAGUCAAAGGCAGAACACAUUUGUACACACUCCUUGUCCCCUGCUGAACUUUCCGGAACCAGUGUAGAAAAAGAUUCUCCUGAGUCACCAUUUGAAGUCAUUAUUGACAAAGCAACUUUUGACAGAGAAUUUAAAGAUUUGUAUAAGGAGAGCACAAAUGAUUUGGGUGGAUGGGCAGCUCCCAGUGAUAGAGAAUCCCCUGCAGACUUGUUGGAAAUGAAUGACAAAGUGUUUCCCCUGAGAAGUAAAGAGGCAGGGCGUUACCCAGCCUCUGCUCUGCUCAGUAGACAGUUCUCACACACUACAGCAGCACUAGAAGAGGUGUCUAGAUGUGUGAAUGAUAUGCACAACUUCACUAAUGAAAUACUGACUUGGGACUUAGUUCCCCAAGCCAAACAUCAGUCUGAUAAACCUUCUUGCACCACAAAAAGUACAGGACUAGACAGAAGUGAACAUCGCUCAGAGAUUCCAGUUAUAAAUCUUAAAACAAACGCUCAUCAGAAAAUGCCUGUAUGUUCUCUUAAUGGGAACACUCCCAUCACCAAAUCCACAGAUGACUGGGCAGAAGCAUCUUCCUCUCCAGAAAACAUGGCUGGAAAACCUGACAAAGACUACCUCAGUUCCACAAAAGAAGCCAGCGGCAGAGGUGUGCCAGGCAGUUCUCAUCCGCAUCCAGAGCCGCCUGGCUCUGUGCCUGAGAAAUGGGUCUCAGGCUCUGAAGCAGCCACAGUGGGAGCAGGUUUACCUGAUCUGAGGGACACCUGGCCUAGCUCUGUUCUGGGGGAAGUCGCAGAGGCUGAUAGUUCUGGGGAGUCCGAUGACACGGUCAUAGAGGACAUCCCAGCAGAUCCCUCAUUUGAGACCAACACGGUUCUGCCCCCCAAACCUGGCUCCCUUCCAGGUGCUGCUGCAGAAACAAGUGCAAGGGAUAUCAAAGAGACUCUCAGUGGUGAGGCUGUGAGGAGUGAAGUGUGUGAAAACUCGGGAGAGCCGAGCAGUGCCUCUGAGGUGCAUCAGGCCCAGCCAAAAACUACUCUCGGAAGGAGUUGGGAAGGUGAGGAGGGGUGUUCUCAAGUUCCUAAUACUCAGAAUAAAGUCGCCCCUGAAACAACACCUGCUGUGACUGACAACCCCACAGUUCCUUCAGCAGCACCUCCAAGUGUUCUUAGUGGUACAGGAUUCCCGCUAACUGUGAAAGCUUCUGUCAACUUGGAGUCUUUGCUUGGAAAAUAUGUUGAAGAUACAGAUGGGGCCUCCCCUGAGGACUUGCUGGCUGCCUUCACAGGAGCCAGGGAGAAAGGAAUAGUGGAUGAAGAUCACAGCGGCUUAGAAGCAGUGAAGACAGCAGACUUGAAAAACACUUUGCCUGUGGAACUCUUGCAUGAAAGUGAGCUAGAUGGUUCUGAAAUCAAAGACAUUAAAAGCAAAUACAGUGAGCACAGCACAGAAACAAGUGGAGGUGAGCUGGGUGUGCACGCUCCUCAAGGUGCCCCCAUGGUGUCUCCUGACUUAGAGCAAGAGCAGCUCACCAUCAGAGCCAUUAAAGAAUUAGGGGAAAGGCAGACUGAGCAGGUGCAGACUGAAGGAGCAGCUCCUGGAGGAAAACUCAAGCAAGCCUUUGCUCCACAAUCUUGGCCACAGAGGUCAUCUAACAUCCUAGAACACAUAGAUGUCAAGACUGGAUCUGAUCUUGGGAUUCCCAGAAAGCCCACUAUCAUCAAAGACACUAGAGUAGAUCCUAUUUCCAGCCUUAGCAAGACUGAAACGGUUAACAAGCAUGUCCUAGCGAGACUUCUGACUGACUUCUCAGUACGUGAUCUGAUUUUCUGGCGAGAUGUGAAGAAGACUGGGUUUGUCUUUGGCACCACGCUGAUCAUGCUGCUCUCCCUGGCAGCAUUCAGUGUUAUCAGUGUGGUCUCUUACCUCAUCCUGGCUCUUCUCUCCGUCACCAUCAGCUUCAGAGUCUACAAGUCUGUCAUUCAAGCUGUGCAGAAGUCAGAAGAAGGCCAUCCAUUCAAGGCCUACCUGGAUGUGGACAUUACCCUGUCCUCAGAAGCUUUCCAUAACUACAUGAAUGCUGCAAUGGUGCAUGUCAACAGAGCCCUCAAACUCAUCAUUCGUCUCUUUCUGGUAGAAGACCUGGUUGACUCCUUGAAGCUGGCUGUCUUCAUGUGGCUGAUGACCUAUGUUGGUGCUGUUUUUAAUGGAAUCACCCUUCUGAUCCUUGCUGAGCUGCUUGUUUUCAGCGUUCCAAUUGUCUAUGAGAAGUAUAAGACACAGAUUGAUCACUAUGUUGGGAUUGCCCGGGAUCAGACCAAGUCAAUUGUUGAAAAGAUCCAAGCAAAGCUUCCCGGAAUCGCCAAAAAAAAGGCAGAAUAAGCACGUGGAAGCCAGAAGUGCAACAGUUACUAAAACGCCAUUUAAUAGUUAUAACAUCGUCACUUGUACCAUGAAGGAACUUGCUCAGUAUCAGCUUGAGCCUGGUUCCAAGUUGUUUGUUCUUAAUUUGGUGUUCUCUCCCCUCCUCUCCCUUUACCCUCAGUACCAAGCACAAGAUGUGUUAGACUGAAAAAAGAACUGAUCUCUUAGAACCCAAAAGAAUAAAGAAUGAAUCAAAUUAAUAGAAUUAAUCAGACCAUAACAGUGGUGGAGCUUUUACCUGUACCACAAAAGGAGAAAAAGAAGAGAGAAAUGCCUUAUGGUCCUCUCUUCUGUUUCGAGGACUCAUACACAGUUCCCAUUUAUAAUUUUGCCCUUAUUUUUAAGUUAGGAAAUAAUGAUUAACUUAUGAAUACAUAGUCAGGGGCAGGAGUGGGAUCCUUCCGUUGGGUUUGUGCGGCCCUCCAGUCCCACCUUCCUGCCUUACACCUGAGCAGCUCCUCCUCCUGCUCCUCUUCUUCCUUAAAUGAAAGAACUGUCAGCUCUGAAUAACUUGCAGGUGAUAGAGGUAAUUCCCUUUUCCCAGAACGCCAUCUGAGAAAUACAGAGGGACAGAGUGGGGUGGAGCAGUCAGCAGGAGGAGCUGUCACCCCCUCCUCCUGCCGCCCUCCCAGAAAAGGAAGGAAGGAAGGGCUCUGCCACUGGGAGGGCAGUGUCCGAGCCGUUGGUCUGGGAUACCAAUGUGAGUGUUGGUUUGAGAAAUCAUUCCAGAAUGUGCUUCUCCCUCUUUUCCCUGCCCACCUUACCUCAAGUUUAAUAAAUAUGGUUGUACUUUUCUUAUUAUGAAAUAAAUGUCUGUAACUGCUGUACACUGCUAUAAGCUUAAGAAACAUAAUCUGCAUGUGGGCUCCAGCCAUUGAGUUACUGUAACCCUACGUUGGUCUGUGGGAACGAGGUACAAGAACACGAGCCUUCCUUCUGUGUCUUCCCUGCUGCUCCUCCACCGCUGCUUCCACCUGUGCUUCGCAGGGUUAGCUGAGGACUGAAGCCCCACUGGCUGCAUACAAGUCAUGUGUCUGUAGUCGAGGCCUCAGCUGCUUAGAGGGGGAGGUACAUUUCCAGACUCCCGACAUGUAGCUUUGAGAGCAGCUUGUGAGUGAGUGUUGUUCUGAGGGGGAUCUCCAUUUUUAGACACAUUUAUGACAUUGUUCCUACCUUGGCCUACAAUGCUCAUUUGGAGAGUAUUUUCAAGUUUUAGGUUGUGGGUGGCCAGGCAGGACCAGGAGAUGUUGAUAGACAACAUCUGUCAUUAUGAUUGACUGGGGAUCUUGAUUUCUAUUUGUGACCUUGCAUCUAUCUACCCUUCAGCAUGGAAAUCUAGUCAGCUUGUAAAGUGGCAUCCAAGAAUUCCUUCAGGUCUCAGCCCUGCCUUUAUGAGGAAGAGCUGGGACUUCACGGGCUCUGGUCUGCAAUUGUCACAGAGGUCUGUGACUAUAAAAGUAGGAAUGGAACCUCUUUCCCCUCCUUUUGGGAAAUGACUUAGGGAUUUUGAUAGGUAGAAUGCCUUACUACAUUUUCUUAGUUCUUUGCCCAUGUUCAGUUUGAAUUUUUGGUUUCCAUUGUAGAAAACACUCCAUCGCCAUCCUCUGCCCUCCCAGGAAGUAAAUGCACUGAUGGUCUUUGGGGCCUCCCAACAAGGGGCCCCAUUCUGCACUGGAAGCCUCCACACCUGGCUCUUUUCUGUGUUGCUGCUGUGUUAAAAUAAUUGGAAAGAUUUUUGUGCCACACAGGAAUUUUUUUUCUUUUUAAGAAAAAUCUAUAGAUGAAAAAGUUACUAAUGAAAUUGUGUACGUGUCUGUGCGUGCAACAUAAAAAUUCAGUAGCCUCAAGGAGCUCUCGUGGUCCCUGUAAAACUGCAAAUUGAUGUAUUAAUUAUAAAUAAAGAACACAGUGACUGUCUCA